AUGCUUGGAUCGCCCAAGGUCUUCUUCGCCUCCUCCGCCUCGCGCCGCUCCGGGUCGCUGCGCCGGCUGCUCUCGACGCCGGCCUUCUCUGCGGCCUGCCUCCUCUUCGGCCUCGCCGGCUUCCUCGCCGACGCGCUCGCCCUCUCGCGCUCCCCGUUCGUCACUCACAUCCGCUGCCCCGAUUCCUCGCGCCCGCUCUCCGUCUCAAUAGCGUGGGACCACGGCCCAGGGGAUGGCUCCGCAGCGGGCUCCGCGGAGCUCCCGGCCUCGCUCGCCACUGGAUCGCGCUAUCGGUCAAGAUCUAGCUGGACUUUUAGAGUUCGGACUGUCGAUGUAUUUCGUUGCUUCUAG